AUGAGCCUGACCCAUGUUACAAGCGCUAAGGCGAAAACUCACUUCUCGGAGGUAACCGUGCGUCUGAGCCGGAUCGCAGCCCUGGCGUCACAGGCCAAAGAAGCCUCACAGGCCAAAGAAGCCUCACAGACUCGCCAGCAUAAUAAUAUUGGCGUUGGGGAAGACAUGUUGAGGGAGGGUGGGGGCGAUGAAGUCGAAGUCGAAAAUGAAAACGAGGAAGAGAGGGAGGGGGCUAGGCGACAUGGGAGUCAUAUUGAUAGUCUUGUUGCUUCGUGGGAUUUGCCUAAAGAAGCAAAGAAUGUUUGUCGAACUAUCUGGCUUCUGGCUCUCGAUGUUUUACCUCAACCACCACCACCUCAACCUUGGCUCUACGCCCAGACAGACGGUUCCUCUGAGAGAGGUGGAUCGGCGCAGGAGCAAGGCGAAUUUAGUGAAGCACAAACACCCGAAGACACCGACGAACCAGAGGGGUUGAGCGAUGAUGAAGCAGACAUAGAGGCGCAAAUGAACCAAGAAAUAGAAAAUUUGCUUCGUGAAGCAUCGGAGACCGACUCUAAUCCAGAUAUCAAAAAAAUGGAUGCGAGCGAAGGGCAACGAGCGUAUAACAAGAACACCCGCUAUACGUUGUACGACUCAACAGCCGCAAACAUAUCCAUAUUAGUUUUAACUUGCUGGUGGCUUAGAGUCCCUGUUAUCUACUCUGAUUUCGUUAGUUUGAUUAACACCUACCAACUUCCUUAUUUGAGUGUAGUACCUCUUCUUCCGAAAAACAUGGAGAAACACUUGUCUUCAGCACUACGACAAGAGCUUACCCCACCCCACGCACCCACUGUUGCUGCCCUUCAUGUUAUAACCCGGCGAAUUGCUAGGCGGCUACAUCUUGUUCAUGGUGUCGAUAUUCCGGAACUCAAUGCUGCUCCUAUUCUGUGGCGUGCGGUCCGAGCCUUUCAAGGUCCACCUAUGCUAUAUACUAUGGUAAAGAUUCUAAUGGAACGCCUGAAAGUUCCGUUGACUAUUCAUCCAGCGCUUGCACCUGCUCCAGCUCCUGGCGUGGCGAAGUACGCUGGUGACUGGGCACCUAUCGAAGUCACAAUGUCUGCUAUUAUCAUAGUUUGUCUCAAACUUGUAUAUGGGUUCCGAGAAGUGACUAACGUUGUUCGUGAAGAGGAUGAUCCUGCCGCAUGUUUCCUACCAUUUUCAGAUUAUGUCGCAGCUCUGAGGGAAGGGAAAGAGGGCCAUCAUAAGAGCUUUGGCCGCUUGCUCACUUCGGAAAAUGAUCGAACAGCAGAUACCUUGACCGAAAAAGAAAUCGAUAGGUACUUGGAGGUUGCAGAAAGGGCUUUGAAAACGUCGCGUCUAGGGAGUCUCAAAUCAUUGCGCAAGUAUGACACCCUUUCAAACAAUGACCCACUAACCCAAAGCAGCAUUUCAAGGACUUAUGACAAUUCAAUUACGCCAGAAGGUUUACGUAGGCCAGAAAUUAACCCGAACUUAGAGAAGGCUACCAAUAUACUGGCAAGCGAACAGCUGACGAUUUGGUCUCCCGAGGAUCCUCUUGGAGCGCUCCCUCCCGAUUAUGCGCUGCUAAUCCUCACAGCAAGCUCCUGGUCAGGGGUCCACAAUUCCAACAUCAACCACCUUGUUGCCAUACUGGAACGUAGGCUGAAGCGUGAUAGAGGACCAGACAUUGGUGGCAGCCAAAGGUCAACACCAGAAGACUCUGAGUCCGAUGGAGAACACAUUGAUGUAAACCAACCUGAUGUAUCAGAGGAAGAAUCAGAGUCCAAUGACGAGAGUAAAGAUGGAUUACAUCACAGCUACCAGAUGGGCUCUCAAAAGUGGAGGUCCCGGGUGCACCAGAAACUUGCUGGAUCUAAUCGCAAAGGCACUCCACAAACCGACGAAACGAGUUCUCCACAAACGAGCACCCCUCCCGAAGAAUUUCGAACCUGA